UAUUGUCCCAACUUAUCACUGGAAGCAAACACUGGUGUCCCAUUCAAGCUAUCUUAUAUGUUUCCAUUGUGAUUCCCCGAUGGAAGAGUGCUUUAGAAGUUGUGUUCCUUGGCGCUCGGCCCUCUAGCUAGACGCCCACCAUGUUUGCAAACCCCUGUGCUUCACUCAACCAUUUCGCAUGUUGAUACAUCAUAUCCCCACACUGGUUAUAUUGCGGUCCGGUUUCUGACCUCAUACCUGCAACAUAGGUAUCCUGAAAAUGGGCGAAUCAAACGGAACAGACCAGGAAAGUUCCUUUCCUUCGGGAACUAUUGCGAAGCUGGUACGUAUCCUUACUUGGCCUUGUACCGUCCUCUAGCUGGCUACAGUAAUAAGCCAGGCAUAUCCAAGGCCAAGGCACUGACAAAACCAACUAGACAUGUGAUAUUCUCAACAACACGUUCUAUAACAUUAUCCAUGACAUAGUGUCAAAAGUCCAUCGGGAUGAAAAGAUCGCUCGAAUGCGCUCUGCUGUCACAAUUGCUAGGCAGAAAGCCGAAGAAGAAGCAGGAAGGCGCCGAGAAGAAGCAGGUGCCAAGCCCACUGCGUUAAAACCGGGCGAAGAUUUUGAAGAACUCAAGGACAUCCGCGUUGAGACUGAUGGUGCCAUUUUUGAAGAUGGGAAGGUUUAUCUCAAGGGAAACCCACUUAAUACUACCAAAGAAAUAAUCUGCCCCGACUGCCGAUUGCCACGUCUACUUUAUCCUGUGACUGGGCUCGGAGCCCGGCCCCCUCCGGAUCCAUAUCGAGAAUAUUGUCAAAAGCAACCAAUGAUCAGCAAACCAGGGCAUGAUGUUCAUGGGAAUCCGUUUGCUACGGACAAACUGAAUCCCAAGAAGAAGAAACAGACCAACACUUCAAAUACGCCAGCGUCAAGCCCGCCUACAACGCCGGAUAGCUCCUUUAAGCAAGCGGCUCCAGAGAAAGUAUCAUUUCCGACAGUCAAGUGCCCUAAUUGCCCAAGGUACUUUGUUGUGACGCGAGUGGCACAGCACUUGGACCGAUGUCUCGGCCUAUCUGGCCGACAAGUCAAUCGAAACAAAACGCCCAUGGAAAAUGGUAGCAGUACCCCUACUUCUGCGCCGCCCAAACGUCCAUUAGAUGACGACACUCCGCCAACUAUAACGAAGAAAAAGAAACUCGGUGCUCCUAAAAAGCUUUCAGGGAAAAAGCCCCCACCGGCUCCCAGUAGCAAACUCAAGAAUGGUGUGACGCCUGACAUGGCGGCAGCCGCGGACGCUGCAGCCGCUGGUGACGGCGAUAUAAAAAGCGAACCGAAUGGCGACAACGCAUAGUUUCGUUUUCAUCUCUCCUUAAUUAUAGCUUCUGCAGUACUUCUGUGUUGCUUCUCGUGAGCAUACAGAUUUGUCUGCAUCGGAGACGAGGCUUUGGACAUAGUCUCCUUUUUAACGAUCUGACGUAAAUACUCGGCAUCAAAGGCGUCAACAGGGCUUACUCUUAUUAGUCGAAAAGUCUGGGACAUCUCGACAUUAUAUUACUUCUCUUCAGUUCUUUCAUUUGUUAUGGUUUUGCUGAAUCAGCACCGUUUCUUUGCUUUGGUCUUGUGUUUCAGAGAUAGAUGAUCAUGCCGGUGUAUAUGUACAAUAGGUUAAGGUUGAUAGGUAGUACGAGAAUUUUGCUUUUAUCUCAAUGGAUAUGGCUAUCUUCACAGGG